AUGACUCAAGCAAGCAAAGCGAAGAUGACUUUAGGUCUACUCAACCUACCUAAAGUGUACACCAGCAUCCGCAACAGCCUAAAGGCAGAAAUGCAAAAUGUGGGUUGGGUCAAUAAAAGCACGUCCGGUAUGGCUGCGUUCAAUGCCCUAUGCCUUUACUUGAUGAACUUGCCCUCCCUCAACGGUUUUCUGCCAAUUUGGACUGGGGGUGACUCCGAUGCCCGUAGAGCACUGGCGAGUGCUCUACAGUGGCUCAUCGCAGAUGUUGGUAUGAAGGAUAGGUUAUCAAGGGGACAGGGAGACCGUCAGUUCAAAGAGGCUGCCGGUGAUAGUGAUGAUGAUGAUGACGGCGGUGGUCAGGCAGCCGGAAGAUGCUCUCGCAAAGGGAAAGAGCGUGCAGUACCUCCGGAACUCGUGCGACCUUCCAUAAUGGUUACCGUGGUGGACCCCGAUGCUCUAGGGGCAUUGUUUAUGCUCGUCCCACCACCUACUUAUGACUGGAAUGAUCCCCUGAACGAACCUUCGUUCAUCGGAAUUUUGACCAAGAUAACUUUCCCCGAGCUAUGCAACUUGAUCCUGAAGCAUACCGCACCCGGCAGAGCAGUCAGGACUAUCUGGGGGGCAAUUGAGAAUGUCCCCCCGGCAGCUGUUCCUCCCGUUCGGCCGGUGGAGGUACAAAUUACCGAUUCGGAAGAACUGGAAGGUUGGUUGAAGAACAGCAAUGCCAGGCCUCGGAGGAUAUUGGCGGUCCUCCACAGAGCAGGCGUGGGUGCUAACCUGGGUGGUGCGGAAUCCCCCCGUUGA